GCAUCACAUGCGGACAUGCCAUUGCCACUCUGUUUUUGUUCCCUCCCUCCCCUUGGCUAUUGUCGCCUCUCCCUCCUCCUCUUCCUCCUCUUCCCCAUUGGAGCUGGAGUAUUCUUUAACCUUUCACCUGAGAUACCUACCUAACUUGUUCAUCUUCCAUUGUUACCUCAGCAAACGUCGCACUGCUGGCACUGCCACUACCCGCUGCUCAGGAGGAGUAUUACAUAACCUUCAGGGCGCCGUUCGCCAAGCUAGGCACCACACAUGCACGGCUCCGCAACAUUGCAUUCACUUCCCUGUCUCAGGGUAUGUGUCCCCUACGUAUCCUCCCUGUGAAUGCAUUCAGUAGGUGGGAGAAGAGAUAGAAGGGUAGGGCAAAAUGGUGUGGAAGAGCUGGGGCGGCCUGCUGAGCAUUGCUCUGCUCCUUGUGGCGUCGUCUGCCCCACUCUGCUCCGGCGCCGGUGAUGUCGCCGUCAGCUUUUCCAACGCCCCGCGGCGCGUAUCCAAGUCGGCGUCCGCCAUCUUCGCCUUCCGAGCUGUGCUGAGCGGCGGCGGGCCUUGCGGGGACUGCACCAUCACCUGCCAGUUGGACGGUGAAAGGGCGUCGGACUGCGGGGGAUCUGCUGGGAAUGGCAAUGGAACGGAGACGGUGAACUACGCAGGACUCGAGGACGGGAACCACACCUUGGCAGUGUGCGCCAGCCGCCGCCGCCGAGGAGGACGAGGAGGAGGAAGUCCAGCACCCACCUGCGCCACCUACGCUUGGGAUGUUGACACUGUUCCCCCCACGGCGUCCGUCACGGCGGGGUCGGCAUUCACGAGCGCGUCCAAUGUGUCGGCGCUCAUCUCCUUCAGCGAGCCGUGCCUCGGCGGCGGCGGUGGUGGAUUCGCCUGCAACCGCACGUUCUGCAAUCUCGUCGUGUUCGGCCCCGGUCGCGUGGAGCCGUCCACCCUCCAGGUUCUCCAGCCUGGCCUGCGCUACUCCGUCGCCGUCACCAUUUCGUCCGACGCGCAGUACGGGCGCUUGAUUCUCGUCAUGGCCAGGGGGUUCUGCACGGAUGCUGCCGGACACCGCUUCACAAGAACGUCCAACUCCACUUUCACUCUGCAUUUCGAUACAAGGAAUGAUUCUAUGACCAUCACCACUAGCAUCCCUGAGAAGCUGCUUCAGAUACAGGGCGCCACAAGGGUGGUUGAAGCUACCAACGAUCACAAGGACCUAAGAAUAUAUCUCUCCUUCGCUGAACCAGUGCUCAAUUCGUCUGCACAAAUCCUUAGCGUCCUUAAGGCAACUGAUGCCGUCCUAACACCCACCAACAGAAGCACCCUUGGAAAUCGCCGUUUUGGUUAUGUUGUGAACAAGAUAUCAGACACAGCUAUUGUGACUGUUGUCUGCGAUACAAGCUCAAUAAUAAGCAGACAAGGGACACCAGUUUAUUCAGCAGAGCCAUUCACAUUUCUUUAUGAUACACAGAGACCUUCGGUUAAACUCGGCACAUCAACUUGGAGGACUAGUUCUCGCAAUAUCCCGGUUUUGAUAAAGUUUGCAAAGCCUGUGUUCAACUUCAGUUCUUCAGCAGUGCAGGUUUCUGGGGGCAAUGUGUUGAGCUUUCAUGAAGCUAGUAAGAGCAUAUACACACUGCGGAUACAGGCAGUAGAUAAGCUGGUUUCGGUUCAUGUCGCUGAAAAUGCAGCCCAGGAUGUCGCUGGAAACCCGAACUUUGCAUCAGACCGUCUUGAAGUGAGGCACUAUUCUGUUCCUGCAUCGUCAUCAUCAAUUGCGACACUCACCACUGUCGUAUUUGUGGUAACUGCUGUUGUUUCCACGCUCCUCACUGUCUCGACAUCAUCACUCCUCGCAUCUGGAGCUAUCUCAAGGCCCUCUGCUUACAUGAUAUCGGAGCCAUCAAGAAAUCUUUUGAGAAUGGCAUGCCACAUCCAAAUCUUCGCUCUAUCCAGAUGGCUAUCGGUUAAUUUGCCAAUCGAGUACUACGAGUUUGCAAAGGGGAUAGAAUGGGCCAUCCCUUACAUGCACCUUCCAUGGGAAGGUCCAGCUGCUGAUCCAUUUCUUGGGUACUCCACGAUGCCUGCCAUUGCGUACUCGGAGCUACUAGACAGAAGUGCUGUAGGGGCUGACAUCUUUCAUCCUCGAGCACAACAAGGCCAGCAGAUGAUGCCAACGCGAAUCCCGGCAGACGGGAAGCCGACGAUGCCAGUGCAAAUUCCAGGAGAUGGGAAGCCUGUGAUGCCAAUGCAAAUCCCAGUAGAUGGGAAGCCACUGACUGCAAUGGAGUAUCGGUCUUUCUUUGAGAACCCAGACAUGAAGCCGGAAGCACAGAUUAUCAUGAAGCUGCAAGAUUUGGAUGGUUGGAAAUACUUCGGUAGGAACAUGCUGUGGCUAGGUGUGAUGGGUGGAGGCCUCAUCCUUGUGCACGCUCUCACCCUCCUCUACUUCAAGUUAAGGUACAGAGACAAGGAGCGACGGCAUGGUUACGAAGCACUGGCGUUCCCCAGGUUCGAGAUCAUGCUCGCCAUCCUUGCCAUGCCUUGCAUCUCCCAAGCGGCUGCAGCGCUCAUCAGAGGCGGGACUACGGGAGGGCUGGUGGUGGGGAUCGCGCUCACCGGCAUCCUGGCGUCGUUCCUGGUGGGUCUGCUGCUGUUCCUGUCGCUGGGCAUCACCAUGGGCAGGCUGCUGCAGUACAAGGAGGUGCACCAGGAGGGGCAGGAGUACCACUGGUAUCAGGAGCUCAUCCGUCGCACGCUCGGCCCCGGCAAGCGCGGGCAGUGGACGUGGAAGGACCCGCGCCGCUCCGCCUGCCUCACCAAGCUCGGCCCGCUCUUCGAGGACCUGCGCGGCCCGCCCAAGUACAUGCUGACGCAGAUCGCGGGCGGCGGCGGGAAGCGCGCGGAAGCUGGAGAGCGGAUCAUGGCGUCGGAGGACGAGAACGAGGACGCGGAGGCGCCCUUGAUCCAGAAGGUGUUCGGCGUGCUUCGGAUCUACUUCACGUUCGUGGAGUCGGUGAAGCGCGUGGCGGUGGGCAUCGUGGCGGGCGCGCACGCGUCGUCGGACCGGUCGUCGCGGGCGCACGCGGUGGUGGUGCUGUCGAUGGCGUUGUCCCAGCUCUUCUUCAUGGUGCUGAAGAAACCCUUCAUCAAGAAGCGGGUGCAGCUGGUGGAGAUCGUGUCGGUGGCCAGCGAGGUGUUGGUGUUCGCGGUCUGCCUGGUGCAAAUCGACAGGGCGAACAGCAACGGCGGCUGGCUGCCCGACAGCGAGGAGCGCGGGUUGGGGCUGGCCAUGCUGGGCGUGUUCGUGCUGGGGUUCGCGGCGCAGACGUGCAACGAGUGGAACGCGCUGUACCAGCAGGUGCGGUUCCUGAGCGCGGACCGGAGCUCGUUCCUGGAAGGCGCCAAGGCAGCGUCCUUGGGGCUGCUGGUGCUGGUGCUGCCUUCGUCGGUGCUGGGCGACCGGCUGAGCAACCAGCAGCAAGAGCAACCUCCGCCUUCGGACGGCGCAGGCGGGGAGAGGGUGGCGGCGUCCCAGAGGGGCGGGAGCGAGGGCGCGGAGAGGGCCUCGAACGAGCGUUGGUGGCUUGGGCAGCUGCGGGAGAUGGCGAAGGCGAGCUUCAGCAAGGAGGGCGGCGGGGAGGGGGCGGCGGCGGGAGGCGAGGCGUCGACCAGUGGCACAACAAAGGCGAAGAGUGGCGAGUGGAAGUCCAAGUCCAGGGGGCUGCUAUACAACGAUCUGGAGGCCAUCUUCUCCAACAGGGCGCCAAAUUGAAGCUUACUUUGUAUGAUUCAACAUGAAUGUUCUCCGUUGACAUUUUUAGACGGAGUAGAUGAUUAAGAAGAGGAUUAAACAAUGGAGCAGCUUAGAUUAGCUCGCUGGCUGACGUCUCGUUUGUUGUACUCCCGCCCGAGACAGGGCAGGGCAGGGCAGGGCAGCAGAAAUGGAAUGCUCUCAUGUCUUGUUCA